AUGAAUGAUUGUGAUGAUUUAAACUUUUAUUAUAAAAAAUUUUUAAAUAAACUAAGUAAAAUAUGUUUAAAAAUAUUUCUUCCAUUAUUAUUAUUAAUCAAUAUUUUUACUUUAUUAUUUUGUCGUUUAUUCUUAUCGAAUCAUAUAUUUGAUAUACAUAUAAAAAUCUAUUUAAUAUUAAUUGUUUUUACAUGCAUUUUAUUAUUAUUUAUACGUGUACAUUCAAAAAGAAAAAAAAUUUGGAUAUUUACACGUUUUUUAAUCAUUUUUCUUUUAAUUAUUCCAUUAAUAUUAACUUACCAAACAGAACAAUUUCAUAUAUUACUAUCAUCAAUAUCUAUUAUACUUCUCUAUUCAUUAUUAACAUUUACAUUACUUCAAUCAUUAUUAAUUUCUUUAAGUAUAUCAAUUUUACAUCUUAUUCUUAUAUUAAAUUUAAAAACAAAUCCAAUUCAAUGGAAAUCUUUGGAAUUUUUUACAAUAAUUUUUUAUCAUUUAAUUAUUAAUCUAACCGGUCUAUAUUCCUAUAUUAGUUCAAUACAACAUAUACGUGAACAUUUCUAUGCUUAUAAAACAAAUCUAUUUGAAAAAAAUAAAUAUAAUUUAGAUUGUAAAAAAUUACAUACAAUUAUUGGAUAUUGUCAAAAAUCACCAACUAUUUUAAAUACAAAUUGUCUAUCAAAGUUUGGUACAGUUAUUAAUUGUUCUAUAUCAUUAAAUGAACAAACACGUAUUCAUACAUGCGAUGAAUUAGCAUCAUUAAUUGAUGUUCUCUAUUGUCAAAUUGAACAGUUAAUUUUACAAAUUCAACCUGAUGCAUAUUAUCUGUUUGAUAAUGAAACAAUUCUUAUAAGUUUAUUAAAUGAAAAUAAUAAUGAACAAUUAAAUAUUGAAAAUAGUUGUCAUUUAGCAAUUGAAUUAUAUCGUUUUAUUCAACAUGUCAACAAUAUAACACAAUGGAAUUUAACAUUAAUUAUUGGUAUUGAUUAUAAUCAAAUAAAUAUACUUUCGUCAAGAUAUAUUGAAGGUUUAGCAUAUGAUUAUUCACGAUGGUUACGUGAUGAAUGUGUUGUUAAAGAUCGUAUACAUGUAUCAAAUAAAAUCUAUGAAGUUUUAAAAGAAAAUUCAUUAUACAAAUUUUCUGUUAUAACCAAUAAUUUAACCUAUUUACUUUUUCAUACAAAUAUGUAUGAAUCAUUUAAUAAUGGUUUAAUAUUAGUAAAUACAUCAAAUAUGAUUGAUCAAUUAACACGUAUACAAGCUGAAUAUUAUGUUGAAAAACAUUUAGGUACAAUAACAUUAUCACGUACAUUACGAAAACGUAGUUUAUUUGAAUUAACAUCCGAAUAUAUACAUUGGUUUAAUUUAAAUUUUCGAGAAAAAUAUUUAACAAAAGAUUUUCAAACAAUACACCGUACAAAUCGUCCAAAAAAUUUUAUUUAUAUUUUUAUAUUAUUAAUAUUAAUUGGAUCAUUAUUACAAUCAUUGAUAAUAAAUCAUUUAAAUUUUUAUUAUUUAAUAUUAUUUCCGUCAAUUAUUAUUGGAUUAAUUAUAUUAAUAAUCAUUUUUUAUUAUUUAAUACGUACGGAAAAUUCGGAUAUAAAUAGAAAAUUUUAUGUUUAUUUAAAUAUUCUUAUUUGUUUAACAUUAACAACAUUAAUUUUUGUCGCAAUACAAUAUCAUUCAAUACAAAAUUUUAAAUAUUUAUUUAUAUCAAAUAAUCCAAUGAAUAUAACAAUAUUAUCAGCAACAUUGGAUAAUACAACAUCAACAGAAAUUAAACCAAUAAACAGUGAACCAAUAUCAUCAUUUGAUCGUCAAUAUCAUGAAUAUCUUGUUUUAUCACCUAUAUAUCCGCUUUAUUUCUGUACUUUAUUUCGUCAAUGUUCAUGGAUAAUAAAAACAUUUUGUAUAAUUUGUUGUUCAUUUUUACAAUUAUAUAUAUUAGAAUAUAUUUGGUUAACUACAAAUACAUAUUUUCUCUCAAUUAAUACUUUACAUCAUUAUACAACAUUUACAUUAAUUAUAUUUCAUAAUAUUCUUUUAAUUAUUUUAUCAUAUAUAUAUGAAUGGUUUGAAAAAAUCGAUUUUAUUUGGCUUAAACAAAUUGAUAAUGAACGUUUAAUGAUAAUUCGACAACGAAAUCAACUUAUUAAACAAAUAUCAUCAAUAUUACCAUUACGUGUUAUUAAUUAUUAUUUAAAUACAAAUUGGAAUUUAUCAUUAACACAACAUUAUCAUUAUAAAUAUGAUCGUAUGGGUUUAUUAUAUAUUCGUUUUAAUUCAUCAAAUAAUAAAGAUGAAUAUUGUCUUAUUCAUUGUAUUAAUAAUAUUGAAUAUUUAUUGAGAACUAAUGAAAAAUAUCUUAAUAUAGUUAUGCAUAAAAAAUCUACAACAAAAGAACUUAUUUUUUCACUUGAUUUAAAUAAUUCUUCCAAAUCUAUUCAACAAUUAGUUGAACUUUUAUUUCAAAUAGGUGAAUAUAUUAAAUCCUAUCAAAUCAAUCUUACGGCUUGUUUACAUAUUGGUUCUAUUCAUGAAAUUUUAAUACAUUUUAUAAAAUAUCCAUUAAUAGAUAUUUGGAGUGAACAUAUUUUAUUUAUUCAAUUACUUAUUUCAAAAAUACAAUUAAAUCAUUGUUUAGUAACAUCAACAGUUUAUCAUUUAUUAAAUGAUUUAUAUUUAUUUCGAACAGCUGGAUCAAUUAUUGACACACAAAUAAAUAUUGAAAAUAAUACAAAUAUUUAUUUUUUACUUGGGCGUCUUAUUGGAGAUAAUGUCUUUCAAGGUCGUAAUACAUUACCAUUAAUAAUAAAUCAACCGAAUAAUGAUACAAUCCCAAAAUCAUCAAGUACAGAUGAAUCUCAUUUUUCUCAAAAUGAUAAAAAUUUUUCUAUAACAACUACAACUACAACAUCAUCAGAUAUUAUUAAUGAUCAACAAAGUCUUCUUAAACAAUCUACACGAAAACAUGUUCGAAUAUCGAAUCAAAAUUCUUUUCAAACAUCAUAUCGUGAUACACUUUUGCAAGCAUUAAGUCCUCCAACAAAUAAUACACAUCAAAUAGGUCCAGUUAAAAAACUUACCAGUUUAAUUUAUUCAGGCGAUAAUAAUGGUUGGUCAUCAAAAGAAGUAUCAAUUAAUGAGAAAGAUAACAAUCUCAGUAAAUCAGUGUCCGCAUCAUCGAAUCAUCCUAUGUCUUCCAAACGAAAAAGUUGUAUGAACGAUAAUAUUCAACCAUUGGUACAUGAUCGAUCAUCAAAAGACGUUACGAAUCCAUCUCAUAGUAUAUCAACACCAAAUGAAGAAACAACUUCAUCAUUUUCUGGCUGGGAUGAUCCACCUUCAUCAUCAUUACCAAUAAAUCAUGAAACUAAACAACAAGAAUCUAUAAAACAAUCAAUAACGAAUUCAUCCAAUAUAGAUAAUCAUUGCCCAUCACAACCAUAUGAUAUAUCGUUCACAGUUAAUAUGACAACAUCAGAUAUCAAAUCUAAUAUUCCACAGCAACAACAAAUAUCUUCCUUUCGACCAUUAUUACCAUUUAAUUUAGCACAUAAAUUAAUUGCAGAAACAUCUGAAAGUGAAAUAUCUAUUCAUCAUGAACCAUGGACACGAAAUACAGUUUAUCAAUCAAAAAAUCUUCCACGAACAUGUUUUUCAUCAAGUUAUAAUAAUUUAUCAAAUAUUCGUUCAAAACAAAGACGACCACCGACAUUAUGUCAUCCCGAUUUAUUACAACGUUGGCUUGAAGAUCAAUUAAAUCAAUUUCGUUCUCAUAUUAAACAAACACCACCAUCAUUAACGAAAAAAUUUCAUCAAUAUACAACAACGGAAAAUGAUUCAUCAGAUAAUGAAUCCGAUACACUACAUGAAAAUACAUUUCCAAUAUUGAAUACAAAAUCAAAAAAACGUCCAUAUAAUCAUAUUCGUUAUAAAUCUCUACGAAAAAAUACACAACUUGUUCGACAUGAAUCUCUGAAUGAUAGAAAUAGAUCAGUUAUUAAUGAAAAUAAUCCUCCGAAAAAUAAAUUUCCAAAACGUACUGAUUCAUCAUCAAUACCUGCGUCAGAUCAAAGUGAUGUAUCAUCAUCUCGACCAGAUCAUUUAUCUGAAGGUGUUUUAUCAAAUUUUGAAUCGGAAUAUGAUAAUAUGUACACACAAAAUUUAAAUUCAAAUGAAAAAACUAAAAUUGUCAAUAAAUCACAAAUUAUAACCGAUAAUGAUGAUGACGAUAUUGAUAAUAAUGAUAGUGAUGAUGAAACAACAUUAGCAACAACAAUAAAUCGAUGUUACUUUUAA